AUGGCCUCCGUCCCGGAGGACCCCGUUCUGGAGCGUUACUUUAAGGGCCACAAAGCUGCGAUCACAUCCUUGGACUUCAGUCCCAACGGCAAACUAUUAGCUACUGCUUCUUGGGACACAUUUCUCAUGCUAUGGCAUUUCAAGCCACAAGCUAGAGCUUUCAGAUACGUGGGUCACAAGGACGUUGUAACCAGCGUGCAGUUUUCUCCACUUGGAAAUUUACUGGCGUCUUCUUCACGAGACAGAACUGUUAGACUCUGGAUUCCCGAUAAGAGAGGGAAAUCCUCUGAAUUUAAAGCUCAUACAGCUCCGGUUCGAAGUGUGGACUUUUCUGCUGAUGGCCAGUAUCUCGCUACAGCUUCUGAAGACAAAUCCAUCAAAGUAUGGAACAUGUAUCGCCAACGAUUCUUAUAUGCCUUGUGCCGACAUACACACUGGGUGCGCUGUGCCAAAUUUUCACCCGAUGGAAGACUAAUUGUAUCAUGUAGUGAGGAUAAAACUAUUAAAAUUUGGGAUACCACAAGUAAGCAGUGUGUCAGUAAUUUCUCAGAUUCUGUAGGGUUUGCAAAUUUUGUGGAUUUUAGUCCUAAUGGUACAUGCAUAGCUUCAGCAGGUUCUGAUCAUACUGUGAAAAUCUGGGAUAUACGAUUAAACAAAUUACUCCAGCAUUAUCAAGUUCACAGUGGCGGAGUUAAUUGUGUAUCAUUCCAUCCUUCGGGUAACUAUCUCAUCACUGCUUCUUCAGAUGGUACACUUAAGAUUCUGGAUCUACUAGAAGGAAGGCUCAUAUAUACACUUCAAGGACAUUCGGGACCUGUCUUUACUGUUUCAUUUUCAAAAGGUGGAGAGCUCUUUUCAUCAGGAGGCGCAGAUAUGCAGGUUUUAUUAUGGAGGACUAACUUUGAUGAACUGAAUUCUAAAGAUGUUCUUAAAAGAAAUCUCAAAAGAUUACAUUUUGACUCAUCACCACAUCUUUUUGACAUCUAUCCAAGAACACCACAUUGCCAUGAGGGGAAAAUCGAGACUGUUGAAAUUAAUCCAAAACUUGAGGUAACUGACUUGCAGACCUCUACUCCGCCUGUUGUAGACAUCCUUUCUUUUGAUUCUACCACCACAACGGACACUGUUACUAGAACUCCACCAGACAAGGAUGAAGAGAUGUGCAAAUAUUUCUUGAAUCCUUCUUUAAUGUCAUCAGAAUAUCCACGAACAACCUUGAAAAAGAAAUCAGAAGACAUGAGUGACCUCCCUUCUGAGAAUCAAAGAAGCAUACCACUCGCUGUGACUGAAGCUUUAGAGCAUAUUAUGGAACAGCUCAAUGUUUUGACACAGACUGUUUCAAUCUUGGAGCAGCGAUUGACUUUGACAGAGGAUAAGCUGAGAGACUGCCUUGAAAAUCAGCAAAGGCUUUGCCACGCCAUGCAACAGAAAAUCUAA